AUGACAGCACGGGACUCAAAUAGAGCUAUCCGCCCCCAACCAGCCGAUGAGCCUCGAGCACCCGAAAGGCCGGAAGCCAAUAACCCGAAACUCGUGAAAAAUGCCAGCAGCGCCUGUUCAGCAUGCCGGAGGCGCAAGUCAAGAUGUGUCGGGGGCGUACCAUGCGAGCCAUGUCGUAAAGCAGAUACAAAGUGCGAACUAGAUUUUGACACUGAUGGCCGACGACGCGUCGCCUUCAAACGAAAGAUCCAGUCUCUGGAGCAGGACCGGAACUUGCUUCUACAAUUGAUGGAAACUAUUCGCAGUGAUAACACCCGAACGGCUCCUGGAGUCCUGAAUCUGAUCCGGAGCAAUGCAUCUGUGCGUGAGAUUCGACAAUUCUUCGAUACAGAGCCUAGUUCUAGCACUGCCGACGAAAUGCCGACCAAAGUUCGGAGAAAGACAUCGACGAGAUACAUGGAUAUCAAGAGUUUAUCUGAUAUACCUCUCUACGAGGUCCCAGCACAACCUUGGACCUCGGUGACAGAGGACAGCAGCUUUGUGUCUCACCUUAUUUCGCUUUACUUCACGUGGCAACAUCCUGUUUUGAAUUGGAUGGAUCGUGACCUUUUUCUAAGGGAUAUGCGCUCGAAAGACUUGAACUCGAAAUUUUGCUCUCCGCUUUUGGUCAACAGCAUAUUGGCUGUCGGAUGUUUCUAUACCUGGUAUCCUGAAGGAUUUGCCAAUCCAGAUGAUCCAAGCUCUCGGGGCGAGCACUUUUUAAGAGAGGCAGUUCGUCUUCUAGGGGAAGAAGAAGGAAAGUUGACACUCACGAACCUUCAAGCAAGAGGAGACAUCUAUACUAGGGUGGCGACACUAAGUUUACAAAAACCGUCAAUCAUAAAACGGCCGCAGCUCGAAUAUUUCCCACAGGAUCAUCACCCAGCUGACAAAUGGACUCCAUACCCCAGACAAGCCGACGCGCUGUUGGCCCACACCAACUGUGUGAAGAACGGAACAUUUGAUCUCGGCAUCAUUAUGUGGGAGGUGUCUGAUUAUCUCUUUGGGGAUGAGAAGCCCGCUAGUCUCGACGCCACAAAGAUUGAAGGGUUUUACGAUCGUUUACAAAAUUGGGCUGAAGGUCUCCCUAAAUGCAUUGACCAGAAAAGCAACGCAACACCUGGUGUUAUGGAUCUCCACAUGAGAUACCAUAACGCAGUCUUGAUCAUGUUCGGUUUUAUUCUUCCAGGCCUUGAUGAGAGUCAAUCAGCUGAAAGGGAGAGAAUCGAAGGGAUCCGCACAACAUCAGCCCGCGAAAUUGGCGUUGUGCUCAACCAGUUCCGCUCACUUUGGCCAGUGGAAUACAUGCCCAUGAAUUCAAUGCAAUAUGCCACCAUGGCCCUGUUCGCACUACUCGGUGGUCUCAAGCACGAGGAAGAAAAGAAAUCAUUUACAGACGUUCUGACCAGCCUUCGCGCCCUUGCACGUCGCUGGCAAUUGGCCAAGGGGAUGCUUCGCCUUAUACAGUUGACAGCUGUGAAGCAAGAGUCUAAUCUCCCUGCCGAGGCAGUGGUUCUUCUCCGUGAUUUUGAAGAAGAGCUAUGGACUGCGAGCGAUCGUCAGAGGUUUAGCAGCCUGUAUCCGAAUUUCGCUGUCUCUACGGAAUUCAAGGAAGGAAUUGGCGCAGCCGCUGAUAAGGCUGAACUAGAUCGGCUUCUUGAGGAAUGGGAUAAUCUGACUUUAUCCAGCAAAAAAGCAGAGACUAUCGAGGAGGACAGUGAGGAAAAUGACGAUGAUGGAAGUAACUAG